AUGUUUCCUCCUUCUAAUCUCCAUGAUCGUGGCGGCGGCCUUUUCGCCAUACUCGUCUGCGGCGGUGGCAGCAGCGGUGAGUCCCUUGCUUACCCCCACACCUCCCUCCCCCUACCCCCUCUAUCGAUGCCCUUCCGCAUCCACUUGCCGCCUCGGCUGUCGAAGUCGUUAACCACUGCAGCAGCAAGCGCUCUGGUGUAUGUCUUCUGUGCUCUGCUAUCGCUGGCCUACCUGAUCGAGGCGAUGGUUCGCUUCAGCAUACGCAAGACCAACAACCAGAUCACCGUGAUCACGCGUGGCGUGAUCACCACCGGCCAGGCUGGACCCGCCUUCCAGCCUGCUCCGACCGAACCGCCGCCGUCUGACCCCAUGGGGAGGUCAGCGCCCUACCCCACCGACUCCUACGGGAUGCCCUGA